AUGGGGGUCGGCCAGCAGUGUUCUGCCACUUGUACCAAAGGGUCGCAUUCGGAGACCUUUCCUUUGUCCAGAAGGUGUGUAAGUCCAGGUCCUCUGGAACAUGGUCAGAGCUUUGUAUUCUUUGUGCCCUCUGCACAGGCUCCCAGGAGCUACCUGACUGCUCUGCUGGCAUUAUGCAUAUUUCCAAAGACAUGUGAAAUGAGUGUGGCUGUGGAUUCUAAACCCAAUAUUUUACUGAUAAUGGCAGAUGAUCUUGGGAUUGGAGACAUAGGUUGCUAUGGAAACAAUACCAUAAGGACCCCUAAUAUUGACCGGCUGGCCAAGGAAGGGGUGAAACUUACUCAGCACAUUGCUGCAGCUCCACUUUGUACCCCAAGCAGAGCAGCUUUCCUGACUGGCAGAUACCCCAUCAGAUCAGGCAUGGCUUCCAGUAAUGGGUAUCGUGCCCUGCAGUGGAAUGCUGGGUCAGGAGGACUUCCUGUAAAUGAAACCACUUUUGCCAAGGUGCUGCGUCAGCAGGGUUACACCACGGGACUUAUAGGGAAGUGGCAUCAGGGUAUGAACUGUGAAGCCCUCAAUGAUCACUGCCACCACCCUUCAAACCAUGGUUUUGAUUAUUUUUAUGGCAUGCCUUUUACUCUUCUAAACAACUGUCAGAAAAACAAACCUCCCGAGUUGGAUGCAGCCCUUCAAGCCAAACUCUGGCUUUACACUCAAAUAAUUGCCCUUGCUGUGCUCACAGUUACCAUUGGAAAGCUUACUGGCUUGAUCUCCACCAGCUGGAAAAUAGUUGCCUGCUUUGCCUUAGCUGGCUCACUUUUUUUCACUUCCUGGUACUCCAGUUAUGGAUUUGUGCGAUAUUGGAACUGUAUCCUGAUGAGGAACUAUGACAUUACUGAACAACCUAUGAAGUUGGAAAGGACGGCUGCCCUUGUGCUUAAAGAAGCAGUUUCAUUUAUUGAAAGAAACAAGCAUGGACCAUUCCUCCUCUUCGUUUCCUUUUUACAUGUUCACACACCCCUUUUCACCACGGAGAAAUUUCUUGGGAAGAGCAGACACGGUUUAUAUGGAGACAAUGUAGAAGAAAUGGAUUGGUUGGUGGGCAAAAUUCUUGAUGCUAUUGACAAGGAAGAUUUGAAAAACAACACAUUCACAUAUUUUGCCUCUGACCAUGGAGGACAAUUGGAGGCUCAAGAAGGAAAAACUCAGCUAGGUGGCUGGAAUGGCAUAUAUAAAGGUGGAAAAGGCAUGGGAGGCUGGGAAGGAGGCAUCCGUGUGCCAGGGAUACUUAGGUGGCCAGGAGUCUUUCCUGCUGACACAGUUAUUGAUGAACCUACAAGCCUUAUGGACAUUUAUCCCACAGUGGCUCACCUGGGUGGAGGGAUUGUGCCCCAGGACAGGGUAGUUGAUGGCCGGAACCUGAUGCCUUUACUACAAGGAAAAGUUCAACAGUCAGAGCACGAGUUCAUGUUUCACUACUGUGGGUCAUACUUACACGCGGUGCGAUGGCACCAAAAGGACAGUGGUGCACUGUGGAAGGCUCAUUAUGUGACCCCAAUAUUCCAUCCAGAGGGUGCUGGAGCGUGUUAUGGAAGAGGAAUUUGCCCAUGUUUUGGGGAAGGUGUAACCCAUCAUGACCCCCCUUUACUCUUUGAUCUCUCGAGAGACCCGUCUGAGGCCAAACCUCUAUCACCUCGCACUGAGCCCCUGUUUGACACAGUAAUAAGCAGAAUAGCAAGAACUGUUCAGGAGCAUCGCCAGACGCUGACUCCAGUCCCACAGCAGCUCUCUUUGUAUAACAUUAUGUGGAAGCCCUGGCUGCAGCCGUGCUGUGGGACAUUCCCGUUUUGCUGGUGUGAUAAAGAAGGUGACAAUGCCCACCCUGCUCUGUAA